AGAGAAAAAUGCAGGGAUAAUUCAACCAGAAAGGGAAAAAUGGCCCCUAUAGUAUCAAUGGUCAUUUUACAACUGUUGAUUGGUAGUAGAGAACUGUUUGCAUUCGAGAAAAUUUCUCCUGAGAAACUGAAAUGGAAAGAUGCUAAGACUUUCUGCGCAAAUCAGAAUUCAAUGUUAACUGAUCCUGACGUCAUAACCAACAUCGAGGAAUACUGGACAGGAGCUUAUUACGCCUCGUCUCAAUGGAUCCAUAUCAUCGGCUGCUUUGAGGAUAGCUCUGUAAAAGCCGUAACUAAUCGUAGUUCUAUAAUGAAGAACAAUCCGAACAUUGGGCUUUGUCAGUUGAAAUGUUACCCGUUGGAGGCAUUUGCAGUGAAGUCCAAUAGAUGUCUUUGUUUGAAUGGUUUACCUCCUAAGGAAGGUUCUAGCUCAUCUAAUAAUUGCCCAAUUCAAUGCAAUGACACGCAUACAGACGUAUACCUACAAGACUGCGGGGGUGUUUCACACUACAAUGUCUAUAGAACAACCAGAACAGCAGAAAAAUGUAUAUACAAAUGUCAGGUGAUAAGGUGUGUCCAAAACAAAGAUGAAACAAUUCAACCUGUUUUCUGCUUAAGAGGAUUCAAAAAGACUUGUACGGAGCCGACUGCAUCGUAUAGUGGGACUUUAGAAACAACAGGAUGGAAGAAUUCUUUACGAUUGUGUAAAGAAAAAGGGGCAUAUUUACUGGGAAACAUAAGUAUCAACAAUGCAUCAGCUGCGUGUAAGAUCAUCAAUAAUCCGCGGCCUGAAUUUACCUGGAUCGGGAUUCUUAGACAACCAGUCCUUGUUGGCGGUGAAGAUGACUUUGAAGAUAUUAUAGAGGGAAAUGUUCUACAGUGUCAAAAAUGUUCGAAUGGACGAUGUGAUUUUACUAAAGACUGCAACGACAAGGCUUUUGCUGUAUGUAAACAGAAUUCAGAAGAAGUAUCCAUGACCAAGUUUAGUACACAAACAGCAACAGAAAGUUACGCCGAGUCUGAGAGGUCGGAUUUGAACAGUAAAAUCAUCACGUCCAACCAGUCAGGUAAAAAGUACAAACAUUACACCUAUUUCUUAUUUGAAUUACGUUUAAUGUAGCGCUUAUUAACGCUUCGGAAGUAAAACAAAACUCCACUGACUGCAGAAUAAUUAUUGACUUAUCGGUAUUUAUUAUAUCCUACAUGAAAUGUGCGUAAAAAAAUCGAAGACUCCCUAUUUAUAUUAAACAAAUGAAAGAUGAACGCUUUAAAUUCAUAGACGCCGGAUGUAAUUGAAAGGGGGGGGGGGGCUAUUGGUCGGGACAGAAUUUUAUGUCAAAGUUUAGUAUAGUCAUAUAAAGGAGAAGUUUUUAAAAACCUUGUCCCCAGAAACAGCAAAUCAAAAAAUUAAUAUGGAAGAAUCUUCAGGUAGUCUAAAUUAAAUUUUACAUCUUCCCGUUGAAUAAUAGAAAGUGCUCAAAACAUUCUAAAAGAAUACAAUCUCCCAUGCAGAGUUCAUGUCGUUCGUUCCUCUCUCAGACAUGUAUCAGCCGAUGGUAGAAAGCAAAAAAAAAUGUAGAAAAAAGUAUCUGAUAGGUGAUGACGAAUGGAAGGGUCAUAGCUACUCAGGUAAGCAUCGUGGCGCCUUGCGACCGUUUCACUAACUAUUCGCAAAUCAUAAACGUACUAUUACCUAUAUCUAAUAACGUAUACCGUAUACGAGCUUUUCACAAAACAAGUUUUAGACACAGCACUUACGAUUCCCGCGUUAGGAACAGGUGAAGGUAAAUUCGACACAAAGCAGACGAACGUAGACAAACCAUGGUAUAGAGGACAGUAUCAAUCUGUUGGUGGAUCUGCUGAUCGAGCGAAGUACCAUUAUUCAAGAGAAAUUCGGCCCGUCUCUCACCAUUCAUUCUAAACAGAGAGAGUGGCUGGAAAUUACAGAAAGGUAUACAUGUAGUAAUUAUGAUCUUUCUUGGGAUACCAGGAGGAAGCUGUGAGCUGUCAAUAUCGAAAACUGUUGCUCUCAUUUUCCAUAUAAAUAUAUACUAAGGCUACAGAACAUGAAUAUAGUUUAAUGGUCAAUAUCAAAGAAGCUGAACACAUUUUCAAACCAAUUGCUUGAUUCUAUUAAAAUUCAUACGAAUUUAUUAAUGUGUGAUGUUUUCACUCAGAGUCCAAUAUUUCUGCUCCUCUUGUAUCAGGAAUGUCAAAGACAUGAAAAAGAAAAGGCAGGACAUACAGAGCCACACAAAGAAAAAGGCAGCUAAUUGUGAGCGCUGCGACAGCGAAGACAAGCAACACUCACAAAGCGAGCUUAAUAGACUAACGUGACAUUUCAAGUUUAUACAACAGAGAAAAUACAGGGAUAUUGCAACCAGAAACGGAAAAAUGACAACUAUAGUCUCAAUGGUCGUUUUACAUCUAUUGAUUGGUAGUAGAGAACUGUUUGCAUUCGAGAACAUUUCUCCUAAGAAACUGAACUGGAAAAAUGCUAAGGAUUU